GCCAAGAUCUCCGCAGUUUUAGAGGCGAUUGGAUUUUUUAAAAUGGAUUUAAAAUAACAGGAACGUUCUUAAAGUUCCAAAGGACUGUUUGAUUUUAAGUUACAAUAGUUGACAGAGUGUUGCGGGUUUAAUGUAUAGCCGUGUACUCACUACUGAUGUUGUGUUUUCUUGACAGUGAUGAAGGGCGACUCUUCGUGUUUGGAAGAAAGGGCGACGUCAUCUCUAGAGGUAGGUAUAUUUCAAUAAUAUAUUCCUGAAAGUGUAUUAGAUUAUUAUUCUUGUAAUUAUUUUUUUCUCUUGUUUUUUUAAAGGUAUACUCAUAGCUUAUGUUUGUUGAAUUAUUCAUAUAAAGUGAUAUAAAAAUCUUCAAUUUUACCAAACUUUCAGGGUCACUGCCUUUAUAUAUCUUAAUCUGGUGCCUAUUAAGUUUUUUUUAAAAAACGUUUCUUGUUUAGGCCUCUAUGCGAAGCACCUUUUAGAGCCGAUCCAUGAACUGUUCCGUCGGCCUCUACACUUGAGAGACUUUAUGAAUUCGGUUGAUGAUCACGGUCCUGACUUUACGAAUUUGGUUGAUGGUCACGGUCCUGACUUUAUGAAUUCGAUUGAUGAUCACGGUCCUCACUUUAUGAAUUCGGUUGAUGGUCACGGUCCUGACUUUAUGAAUUCGGUUGAUGAUCACGGUCCUGACUUUAUGAAUUCGGUUGAUGGUCACGGUCCUGACUUUAUGAAUUCGGUUGAUGGUAACGGUCCUGACUCUAUGAAUUCGGUAGAUGGUCACAGUCCUGACUUUAUAAAUUCGGUUGAUGGUCGCGGUCCUGACUUUUUGAACUGGUUGAUGGUCACGGUCCUGACUUUUUGAACUUGGUAUAUGUUCACGGUCCUGACUUUAUAAAUUCGGUUGAUGGUCAUGGUCCUGACUUUAUGAAUUCGGUUGAUGGUCACGGUCCUGAAUUUAUGAAUUUGGUUGAUGGUCGCGGUCCUGACUUUUUGAACUGUUUGAUGGCCACGGUCCUGACUUUAUGAAUUCGGUUGAUGGUCGCGGUCCUGACUUUAUGAAUUCGGUUGAUGGUCAAGGCUUGACUUUAUGAACUUGGUUGAUGGUCACGGUCAUGACUUUAUGAAUUCGGUUGAUGAUCACGGUCCUGACUUUAUGAAUUCGGUUGAUGGUCACGGUCCUGACUUUAUGAAUUCGGUUGAUGGUCACGGUCCUGACUUUAUGAAUUCGGUUGAUGGUCACGGUCCUGACUUUAUGAAUUCGGUUGAUGGUCAAGGCUUGACUUUAUGAAUUCGGUUGAUGGUAAUGGUCCUUUUAAAUCGCCUGCCUUUAUAGCAAACGACUGAAAAAAAUUUUCAAACAUUUCCUUCCGCAUUUCUUUGUACAACAUAUUAUUAUGUACAGAUUCAUGGGCUGUAAGUAUAGCUGCUAUAGAAAGAUUGUUUUGACGGUGCCUGCGUCAGUCUUUCAGACACGGCUUAACGAGGCUCAGUCUUUUAGUCACGGCCUAAAAUAGGAUCAUUCUUUCAGUCACGGCCAAAAAUGGGGUCAGUCUCUCCGUCACUGCUGCUAUGGGGUCAGUUGUUCAGUCACGCUCGUCGUAAAGGGGGUCAGUCCUUGAAUCAAGGACGGAAGACAUAGUUGAAUAAUAAAAAACGAGUAUAUAAAAACGAAAGAACUGAUAAACUAAGAUGGUCUAAAAUUAAUUACUAAUUUUUGUUUUAGUUUGUUAAUCUUAACUUUAAUUAUGAUUAUCUUAAACAAGAUAAUCUUAAUUCUAGUUAAUAAUUAUUUAAAUUGGGAGAGGUGCUAUUCUGACACAUUUGAUCUGUACCGCGAGCAUCCGUGCAAUGUCAUUCUGUGGAAAUAAAAGCUGUUUAGGGGUCAUGCUCAUGGAAAAAGGGGGGGGUGGGUGGGGGGGUGGCAGAAUUUGUGACACUUUGUGACUUUUAAAAACAUUAAUUUGAGGUCGAAAUUGCUUCAGGUAUUAUAGGUACCGUGAAACUCAGUCAACUGGAGAUGGGGGGGGGGGGGGGGGGGGGGUGUGGGGGGGUGGCAGAAUUUGUGACACUUUGUGACUUUUAAAAACAUUAAUUUGAGGUCGAAAUUGCUUCAGGUAUUAUAGGUACCGUGAAACUCAGUCAACUGGUGUGGCCAUUUUACAUUCGGAUUGUGGAUGACUUUGUAUUUUUGCGUCACAGUUUUCUAAUAAUACUCAAUCUUAAUCCAUUAUAGGAAAUUAUUAAAGAAUAAAAUUAAAUUCUUAGUUAAGUUAUGAAAAUUGUAUGUCGUUUUUGAAUUUUUUUAGGUGAAACGUGAUACUAAGGUUGGUGGAGAGGGGUAAAGAAUUUGUGACACUUUGUGACAGGGGGAUCUAGGGGUCUAAAAAUGUCAUUUUUUUCGUGACGUAAUUUGCGAACGAACCCUUAUCCAAAACUUUCUGUUCAACCUGACCUAUUUCCAGGCAUUGUCUUGAUCUACCCGGCCUGGAUAGAGAGGCCAAUCAGCGCGCACCCACACGUCCUUGAGGUCAUGGCCGUGCCCGUGCCAGAUGACGUCAACAUCCAGAACGUCUGCGUGUGUCUCGUGAAGCAGCCCGACAGCGACCUCUCGGGGGAUGACGUCAAAGAGUAUCUGAGGACCACCAUGACGGACGGGGGCAACGGGCUUUUCGUUGUGGACCACGUUCUGUUCUUUGAGGACCAACUGCCGAAUUUAUCGCGAGUGAAGCUUGGAGAGUUGGCUGCAGAGAAGCUGGCGUUGAAAUGAUGAGGUUUUGUGGAUGAGUUCUUCUGCGAUCUGGGAUUAAUUGUAAUUUUGAUGUGUUACUUACACAGAUUAACAGUGGUGCAUGAUCAUUUACCUUUUUAUACAUGUGUGUGAAUGAGGGUGUCUGUGAGUGAAAUAAUUUAUGUACAUUUUGAGAGGAAGGAAUUUUAUUUAUAUUUUUUUAAUUUUACAGAAAUGGAUUUCAGAUUUCACCAUUCAAACAUAACACUG